CCCGUAAUUGCUGCUUGCAGCUAUAUUUAAUAUUAUUAUUGUUGUUGUUGCUGUUGAUAGUAACUUACCAUUUAACAAUAACAACAACAAUAAUAAUAAUAAUAAUAAUAAUAACAAUAAUAACAAUAAUAAUAAUAUAAUUUAUCGAGAUCGAGUGAGUAGUGUGCUAAACAGGGUUACCCACGACCAGACACCCUCUCCCCCUCCCCCUCAUCCUCCCUCUUUGUCCGUUUUUGAUUGGUUUCGCCCGAACUUGCCGUAGUUGUAUGUGUGUGCGUGUGUGUGUGCGUGUGUGUGUGUGCGCGCGCGCGCUGGCUCUCAGUGUGCUUUACCCGCCUGGCUGUGUGAACACGGCGCUUUUACAGAUGGGCCAGCGGAUUCAUCCCCAAUGAACAGUCCGGCUCUUCGUAGUCAGAUGGCCCCCCUGAUGGCAGUUAUGCACAUUAUUGCUUUAUUAUGGAUAAUGCCACCUAUCUGGGCUGUAGAAGAUGUGCUGAUGGACUCGAUGACAGCAACGGCAGAGCUGGGCUGGAUGAUAUACCCAUCAGUAGGGUGGGAGGAGGUGAGCGGCUAUGAUGAGAAUAUGAACACCAUCCGCACCUACCAGGUGUGCAACGUCUUCAAUGCCAAUCAAAACAACUGGGUGCGCACCAAGUACAUUCGGCGGCGGGGGGCCCAGCGCAUCCAUGUCGAGAUCAAGUUCUCAGUGCGAGACUGCAGCAGCAUCCCUAAUGUCCCAGGCUCGUGCAAGGAGACCUUCAACCUCUACUACUUCGAGUCUGACUCGGACACGGCCACUAAAGUUUACCCUCCGUGGAUGGAGAACCCCUGGAUCAAGGUGGACACCAUCGCAGCCGACGAGAGCUUUUCACAGGUGGACCUGGGUGGCCGGGUGAUGAAGAUCAACACUGAGGUGCGCAGCUUCGGCCCUGUGUCUCGCACCGGCUUCUACCUGGCCUUUCAGGACUACGGAGCCUGCAUGUCCCUCAUCGCUGUGCGGGUAUUUUUCCGAAAGUGUCCCAGCGUUGUCCGGAAUGGAGCUAUCUUCCCAGAGACUUUGUCAGGAGCUGAGAGCACGUCAUUGGUGGCAGCCAGAGGGACCUGCAUACCCAACGGAGAGGAAGUUGAUGUGCCAAUUAAACUUUACUGCAACGGAGAUGGCGAGUGGUUGGUACCUAUCGGCCGCUGCAUGUGCAAAGCUGGACACGAGGCAGCCGAGAAUGGCACCGUCUGCAAAGCAUGCUCCUCUGGAUUCUUCAAACCAUCCCAGGGAGAUCAGCUGUGCCAACAGUGUCCUAUCAACAGCCGCACCACCAAUGAGGGAGCUACCAACUGCGUCUGCCGUAUUGGCUACUACCGCACCGAUUCAGAUCCUUCACAGAUGCCCUGCACAACCAUUCCCUCCGCCCCUCAGAGAGUCAUGUCCAGCGUGAACGAGACAUCCUUGAGGCUCGAGUGGAUUCCUCCUCGUGACAGUGGUGGCCGGCAUGACCUCGUCUACAACAUCAUCUGCAAAAGCUGUGGCUCAGGCAGAGGGGCCUGCACACGCUGUGGAGACAACGUGCAGUUUGUGCCGCGCCAGCUAGGCCUCACUGAGCCGCACGUGCACAUCAGCGAGCUUCUUGCCCACACGCAGUACACCUUCGAGAUCCAGGCGGUGAACGGUGUCUCUGACCAGAGCCCCUACCCGCCUCAGUUUGCCUCGGUCAAUAUCACAACUAACCAAGCCGCUCCAUCAAUAGUGUCCAUCAUGCAUCAGGUCAGCAGGACUAUUGAUAGUGUCACACUGUCGUGGUCUCAGCCAGACCAGCCCAACGGAGUCAUACUAGACUAUGAGCUGCAGUACUUUGAGAAGAACACAGCUGAGUUGAACUCUUCUACGCUGAGAAGCCAGACGAAUACAGCUGUAGUCCGAGGCCUAAAGCCAGGCACCAUUUAUGUGUUCCAGGUGCGAGCUCGGACAGUCGCAGGAUUUGGACGCUUCAGUGGAAAGAUGUACUUCCAAACCAUGACUGAAGAGGAGUAUGAUUCCAGCCUGAAGGAGAAACUGCCUCUCAUCAUUGGCUCUGCUGCUGCAGGCGUUGUUUUUCUCAUCUCAGUCAUCGUGCUCGUCAUCGUCUGCAACCGGAGAGGCAGUGACAGGCCAGAAUCUGAGUUCACAGACAAGCUCCAGCAUUACACCAGUGGCCACUUGUCACCAGGUAUGAAAAUCUACAUCGAUCCCUUUACUUACGAGGAUCCCAAUGAGGCAGUGCGGGAGUUUGCUAAAGAAAUAGACAUGUCCUGUGUGAAGAUUGAGCAAGUCAUUGGUGCAGGUGAGUUCGGGGAGGUGUGCAGCGGAAACCUGCGCCUGCCUGGGAAGAGAGAGUUCCUGGUAGCCAUUAAAACAUUGAAGUCUGGAUACACUGAGAAGCAGAGGAGGGACUUCCUGAGUGAAGCCAGCAUCAUGGGUCAGUUUGAUCACCCCAACAUCAUCCACUUGGAGGGAGUGGUGACAAAAAGCUGCCCCGUUAUGAUCAUCACUGAGUUCAUGGAGAAUGGAUCGCUGGACUCCUUCCUUAGGCAAAAUGACGGGCAGUUUACGGUGAUUCAGCUGGUCGGCAUGCUGCGUGGCAUUGCAGCUGGCAUGAAGUAUCUAUGUGAUAUGAACUAUGUGCACCGAGACCUGGCUGCCCGCAACAUCCUGGUCAACAGCAACCUGGUGUGCAAAGUGUCCGACUUUGGGCUUUCCCGCUUCUUAGAGGACGACACAUCAGAUCCUACCUACACCAGUGCCCUAGGAGGGAAGAUUCCCAUCCGAUGGACCGCGCCAGAGGCCAUCCAGUACAGGAAGUUCACCUCGUCCAGUGACGUGUGGAGCUACGGUAUCGUCAUGUGGGAGGUCAUGUCCUAUGGAGAGAGACCAUACUGGGACAUGAGCAAUCAAGAUGUGAUUAAUGCCAUAGAGCAGGAUUACAGGUUACCUCCACCUAUGGACUGCCCCAAUACAUUACAUCAGUUAAUGCUGGACUGCUGGCAGAAGGACAGAAACAACCGGCCUAAAUUCAACCAGAUCGUGAACACCCUGGACAAAAUGAUCCGCAACCCUAACAGUCUGAAAGCCACCACCCCACUUUCUUCAGGCGUGCACCUACCUCUGCUGGACCGCAGCACGCCAGACUUCUCCAGCUUUAAUAAUGUGGAUGAGUGGCUGGAUGCUAUCAAGAUGGGCCAGUACAAGGAGAAUUUUGCUAAUGAAGGCUUCAGCUCCUUCGAUGCAGUUUCCCAAAUGACUCUGGAUGACAUCCUAAGAGUGGGAGUCACUUUGGCCGGCCACCAGAAGAAGAUUCUCAACAGCGUGCAAAUGAUGCGUGCUCAGAUGAACCAAAUCCAGUCGGUGGAGGUUUGACCCUCAUGCUUGGAGGCUCUCAGACUUGACUCCCUCCUCCACCAGCCCCCUGGCUUCAGAGUUCAGCUGUAGUCCUUCCUGUGGCGAUGUCCCCAGCAGGGAAGAUCUUCUGGAGGGACUCCCACACAGUAAACACCCCCGAAAAGCACCAGCAUGCAGCAGACUGGAUGGAGUCGGACAGUGAUGUCUGGAGGCCCGCUUGUGUACUGUAUUAUUACAAUGGUGAUGAUUUUAAUCGUAACACGAAAAACAGUUUAAGGAUUCAAAGGGAGAUGCUGAUCAUCACCAGUGUCUAGUUUUUUUUUAGAUUAUAAGACCCUUUAAAAGGGAAAUAAAUAAAAUCCAAUUAGAUCUGUCAUCUAUAGUGGUGAUAGUCUCAUGAUAAAACCUUUGAGACAGAGAAAGUAUAUAGCAUAGAGUGGCACAUUAAAGAGAGGAGAGAAAGAUGAAAAUGGACCAUGGACUAAUGGCAUAAAAAUGAGCCUCUUAUAUUCCUGUUGAUGCCAUAUGGAAGGAAGGAUCCAUGUGGCAACCCAAGAGGAGUACUGUAGAAAUUGUGAAAAUUAGUGACAAACAAGCCUGAAAUACUCUUUUUUUUUAAAGAAUAUUGUGGUUGAUUUUUUUCUCCUUUGUUUUUUUGGGGGGGUAUAUACUCACUGGCAACUUUAUUAGGAACACCAUACUAAUACUGCAUACAAAUUACUGCAUUGCUCUCAAAAAAGCCUCAAUUUUACAUGGCAUGUAAAAUCCACAAAGUGUUGGAAAUUUCUCUGAGAUUCUAGUCCAUGACUUGAUUGCAUCACGUAACUGCUGCAAAUGUGUGAGCUGCACAUUCAUGCUGUUAACCUCCCGUUCUACCACAUCCCAAAGGAGUUCUAUUGGAUUCAGUUCUGGGGACUGAGGAGACCAUUGAAGUACAGUGAACUCACUGUCACGGUCAUGGAACCUGUUUGAGACAACUUGUGGCUUCUUAUCAUAGCAUUCAAAUGAUGCUGGUUUGGUAUUAAGGAGCCCAACCUGUUCCAAGAAAGAAUUCCCCACACCAUUACACCACCAGCAGCAGCCUGAACUGUUGACAAAAAUGCAGGUUGGGUCCAUGGAUUCAUGCUGUUGCAUUAAAUUUUGACCUUUAUCAUUUAUCUCAUACUUUUAUCCAAAAUGACUUACAAUUAAGAGAGAAUACAACUGUGCUGUUGAGCAUUAAGGGCCUUGCUCGAGUGCCCAACAGUAGCAGUUUGGUGGUGCUAGGAGUUGAACUCAUGACUUUCCUAUCAGUAGCCCAGUACCUUAACUGCUGAGCUAACACUGCUCAUCAUUUUCCAAACCUUCAGCUCUGUAGUUAAUGGCUUUCAGCGAUCCUGUGCCCACUGUAGCCUCAGAUUCCGGUCCCGGGUUGAAAGAAGUGGAAUCCGAUGUGGCCGUCUGCUCUUGUAACUCAUCCUCCUCAAAUUUGGGCAUGUGCAUUUUGAGAUACUUUUUCCCUCGCCACAGUCGUGGCCAUUCUCGAUUGAUCUCUCUCAUAAACAAGGUGAACUCCCGCUUACUUGAUUUUUCUUCAAUUCAGUUCAAUUCAAUUUUAUUUGUAUAGCGCUUUUUACAGUGGACAUUGUCUCAAAGCAGCUUUACAGAAAAAUAUAAACACAGGAUACAGAUUUUAAAUGUGGGAAUUUAUCCCAAUUGAGCAAGAUAGUGGCAAGGAAAAACUCCCUAAGAUGUUACGAGGAUGAAACCUUGAGAGGAACCAGACUCAGAAGGGAACCCAUCCUCAUCCGGGUAACAACGGAUAGUGUAAAAGCAAAGGAAAGUUCAUUAUGGUUUUAUAUGAAGUCUGUUGAACUGAAUGCUGUGUGUGAAAUCCCAUGAGAUCAGCAGUUUCUGAAACCAGCCAGUCUGGCACCAACAACCAUGCCAUAGUCAAAGUCACUGAAAUCACAUUUUUCCCUAUUGUGAUAUUUGAUGUGAACAGUAACUGAUGCUCUUGGUCUGUAUCUGCAUGAUUUUAUGCAUUGCACCAAAUUGCUACGACAUAAUUGUCUAACUGGAUAAAUGCAUAAAUGUGCAGGUGUUCCUAAUGAAGUGGCCAAGUGACUGUAUAUUUAUUUAUUUUAACUUUUUAGCAUACAAUGUAAAGAUGAUGUACCAUAUGCACACAUAUCACAGGCGUUUAACUUUCUGACGUCUUCACCGUUGCCAUUUGCUGUUCAAGUUCACUUUCAGCAGUUUCAACUUGUGUUGAUGUUAAUUUACAUUUUCUUUUAUACCUGCUGUUAAUAUGGUACAUGCACCUCCCUGACAAAGUACAUGUUCCCAUGAAUUUCUCAUCAGAUGUCAUGCUGUGCAAAGUUUGGAUUCUUCUUUUCCUUCUCCUGUACAUGUUUUCAUGAUUUCACACAACAAUUCAACUGUACAGCCGAUCGGGUGCUGUUGAAAUGCACAGGCAGCUGCUUAAUCUGAAAGAUGGCGUGAUAUGGGGCUCACACUUACACUUCACACAACACUUUCUCGGUUGGUUUUUUGAAAUCUCUGUUUUGUAAUGCUAAAACAUUGUGAGUUAAUAAUAAUGAUAUGUACAAUAGGCGAUCUAGUAUAGGGCAGUUAAUCUGCAUAGUGGUGUGUCAACAGUUACGGCUGUUGUGUAUACAGAUGUGUUAACACAUCAUUUGAAAUCAUUUGACAAAUGUCUUCAGUCAUACCUCUACCAUUUUUUUUUAAGCAGCCAUUCUGAGUUUUGAUAUAAUGUCUACAUAUGUUAGAAUUUCGCUCUGGGGUUUAUUAAAGUGAGUCAGAUUGAGUCUGUGAUCAUGUACGACACAAAAUGGUCUUCAUUCACAGCUGUAAAUCUUUACAUUUCCUAGAAGACUUGGACUUUAAAACACACCCUCCUGUUAUACCUUUGGACAAGAACUGGUGCAACUUGUCCAUGGUACUGUAUACUGUCACUUGGAAUCAAUCGUUGAUUAAUUCAUUUGUACAAAAGUCUAUAACCUGGUCCCAUCUAUUUGUUAUAAAGUACUUUACAGUAUGUAAAUCUUUUUUAUUACUGCCUUU